UGGUUCAAUUCAUAACUUAGUGGUUUGCAGAUGGAAUGUAAAUGGGGGUCCGUGUUGUGGGACUCCGUUGGUAAAUGUAAAUAACCGUGGACGUGGCAAAUAUGAGCAUGGAGUGGGGAAGAAAUGCGUGUAAUUGAAUGGUGUAUACUGAGACCGAACUUGACAAAUAGUUUAUGUGCAGCCAAAAUUAUCCGUAAUAUGUCAUUUGUGACCGACCGUUUUCAAAAUAACUAUGAUGGCAACUGAAACCAUAUUGUAACGCAUUACAGAUUCCUGCAUUGUGACGUAAUAGAGGUGUGUUGUGCUCGCACAGUUAGUGUUACAGUUAGAUUUGCUAUCAAGGACACCUGGUGACAUUGGGAAAGUAUUGUCUGAAGUGGAAAACGAGGUUAAAACAACACAUGCAAAUUCACAUUUGUGUAUGACUUGUUGAUAAUAAAAUGGAUCGGAUUGAAGAAAAUAUUAGACGUCUGUUGGAUGGGCGAGCACUAGAAGACUCCCAAGAUCUCUGUGACUUCACACUAGAAGAACAGAAUGAGGCAGCAGUUGCUAAAGGUGUUGCACCAACUGCAUCUUCAGACUACAGACCCAUAGUAAAGUCUACUGUGACCUAUAUUGUUGUGGGGGUUCUUAUUAAUGAUGUCGGAGAGGUGUUAAUGAUGCAGGAAGCCAAAAGUUCAUGUGCUGGGAAAUGGUAUCUACCUGCUGGUCACCUUGAGCCUGGUGAAGACAUACUGGAAGGAGUAAGGAGGGAAGUGUUAGAGGAGACAGGACUUGUGAUGGAGCCCACAACUCUCCUUAUGGUGGAGUGCGCAAGUGGAGCCUGGUUCCGUUUUGUCAUAACUGGGGCUGUAACAGGUGGAUCCCUGAAAACACCAAAGGAUGCUGACUCUGAAUCUCUCCAGGCUAAAUGGAUAAAAGAUCUUGGUGAACUGAACCUUCGUUGCAGUGAUAUUCAUACAAUAAUAGAGAGAGCAAGGAACUAUCAUGUGAGAAAAGAUGAGCCUUGGCAUGGCUGCAUUUUGCCUGCAGUAAGGCCACAUCACAAACUGCUGCUCCAGCUUGUUGUCUGCAUUAGGAAAAGAAGCAAUAACCGUGUUCACAUUCUCUUAUCUGAAAAGACUGAAGUUCAUUUACCAGUCUGUGAAAUAAAUCCAACCAGAAAUCUUCAUUCAACGCUGAAGAAGUUCAUGACUGAAAUAUUUGGCGCAGACCUUCCACCUCACAAACCUCAUGGUAUUUUGUCCGUGGAACAUUGUGGAAAGCCUGAAGCAACAAAUGAUGGUCUAUGCCUUACUCUCCUUGUGUCAUUUCGGAUACCUCUGGAAGAAGUCGGUAUCAUCGACAAAUACACUUGGCUAGAGGUGUCCAAGCAACUGGGAGAUGAGCUACUUGAGAGGCUGCCCAGAAAUAUGGCUCUCCCUCUGCAUGUGAUUCGGUAAACAGAAUACACGUUAUGGAAGAUACUGCUGUUAUGCUAGGAAGGCUACUGACUGGUUAGCAUGUUGUCUGUUUCAUCUCAUCCAUAGAUGUAUGAUCUGUUAUGCCAGCUUAUGUCUUACACACUUGCCAGUUCUCAGGCAUACUCAGUCUCAGAACAAGAAUCUGUAUUCAGACUGUAAUGCAUUUUUACUUUAAUUUUUAUAGGAAAUGGUAAUUGUCAUCAGCAGCAGCUCAUGGCUGUAUGAAUAAGUAGGGCCAGGACUGAAUCCCCCCAUCCCACCCCAUAAUCUGUGGCUGAACGUCGUACUCCUCUUGGUAGAAAUACUGGGUACAGCAGUUGGAUCUGAAGGAUUUAGGCAUUCUGUUCUGAAACUUGUGUAACAAGAAUGAAAGGAACUAUAACAUUUGAACAAUGCAAUUUAUUUGCCUAAUAAUUACUCCUUAAAAUGGCACCAAUCAAAUGUUCUCCAUAUGCCUCACUAUUGUAAUCUGUCAUGAAAAUAAUUCAUCACACACCGCUGCAAGUCUGGAUUUAUAUUAAUUUCUUUGAUUUUUUGUCUUAUCAUGUUCUCUAGUUCUUGAAUGAGAUGUGGCCUGAUUUUGAAACACUCUUUCUUCAAGACAUACUCAGAGAAAAAAAUCGUGAGCUGAAAGAUCUGAACACUGAGGAGGCCAUUGAAUAUUGCUAAAGCAAGAAAUUAUUGGCCAGAAAAACAUUUCUCAAUAAAUUUAUUGUCUCUCUGGCAGUAUGGGUAGUAGCAGCUAUAGCCAUGCUUCAUUCCUGUUGACUUCUGACCUUCGCCAUUCCUCAAAUAAAAAUGUUUGUAAUGUUUCGUACUAGC